AUGUCAGACUUGAAGACAUCCACCGCGGGGCUCGAGGAAAUUUCCCGUCAUGGCCUGGAGUCCUCCAAUAAGACGGAAGCAAUCAUUACUGAUGUGACCCAUUUGGCUUCCUAUAACUGGAUCGAGGCACGCAAACCAACCAUCGCUGUCCCGGGAAGUCCAGCUCUCUGGUCUGCCCCACAAGGCCCCCGGAAAGUGAAGAAAGAUAGCGGCCUUGUCUACAUUUCUCAGAAUGCUGCUCGUCAUCCCGACAGCCCUCUAGAACCGCUUUUCCGCGCCCUUUACAUUGAGAAGCCCUCGUUCGAUAUUAGUUCCAUCGAUGUCGUGACUGACAGAAAUAACAUCCGCAAACUUCUGUCGUUUAUCAACCCCGCUCAGAGCAGAAACGGCCUUGAUCCAUUCACCAUCGAGAUCGAUGUGGUUGCCCAGACUGCAAUCUUCUGCCGUGCAGAGACAGCCACCCAUGAAAUUAUUGGACCAGGCGAAUUCCGGGGCUUUGGACACGAAUUCGAGAAAGCAUACACGAUAAGCCAAAUUGCAAAAAGCACGGGACACCACCGCAUAAUUUCAUACCGACUGGGUGGUUUGAGUUUCCUCGUGCGUCAUGAGACUGAUGGCUGUGUUGGUGACUCGGAGCCUGGUGGCAAGGAAGAUAUGUCCAUAAGAGACGAUCUUGCUAAAACCAUGCGUUCAUUGUCUCUUGCGCCAACGUCCGCCGCCACUAUGCAGGAAUCAACUAAAUCUGAACUGACAAUCAAGAGGGAAGGUCGGGUAGUACCACGGGAAUCGACUUUGGAGAUCAAAACUCGAGUUCUCCACAAACCUCUGCAGUUCUCAGAAGUUGCACCACAGCUCUGGAUUUCCCAAACGCCCAAACUUGUUCGGGCUUAUCACCAACAUGGAAUAUUCUCCCUACCGAACGUGGAAGAUGUCACUACCGCACUGAGAGACUGGGAACAAGUCAACCAGGAUGAUAUCAGAAAACUCGUGACACUCAUCGAAUGUAUCUUACGAGUGGCCAGAAACUGGGGUGGGAGUUCAAUCAUUCGCUACGAUUCUCUGAAAGAUAAACUGGUCAUCGAGAAGGCCGAACGGAAGAAGAUGCUCCCGGACGAUCUUUAUUCUCGAUUGAACAAAACCGUUCCUGUCAAAGUUGAGUAG